AUGUCAAAUCAACCAGAUACAAAACAUCCAGAAAAGAUGAUUAGUUUAUCACAUAAUUUUAACCAAUUAAGCUUAGAAGAUAUUAAGCCACCGGAUUGUUUUAAUGAGAUUGUUGAAGAAUUAUAUAAUCUGUACAAUGAAGAAAGAUUAAAAUUUAGAGAUUCUGGAUCAAUAAUUAACACAUUGGAUCAGUUUUUAAGAGGAAAACAGCAAAGCCCUGAUAAUAUAAUCAACUGGUGCUUGGAUGAUCAAAUCAAUCCUAU